UGGCUCUGAAGAACCAGGCUGAAGUGACAGGAAAUCCCGAUAGUCCCUUUUGGACACGGGGAACCGCGUCGUCUGGAAGUGGGUGAGGAAGAUCCCGCUGUGUGUUCGGGGACCUGAAAACUCCCCCGAUUCGCAGCCUUUACGCCGGGUGGCCUGGGAAAGUCAGUCUGCAGCUCAGUGGGGUAACCGCAGCCCGGCGGCCCUGGAACCUCCCAGGUCUUAGAAUACAUCAGAAAAUUCAUGGAGGAGAGAGUCCUAAUGGAUGUUUGUAAUGUAGGUCUGUUAUCCUUCAGAGAUGUGGCUGUGGACCUCUCUCAGGAAGAAUGGGAAUGUCUAGACUGUGCUCAGAAGGCAUUGUACAUGGAUGUGAUGUUAGAGAAUUACAACAAUCUACUCUUUGUGGAGAACCAUCACAUAUGUGGUAAAUGUGAGAAGGUCUUGCAUCAAGGCACAAAGCAUUUUAUUCAUGAUCAUGAAAAUAUCCAAGAGAAGUCGUAUAAAUGUAAUGAGCUUUGCAAAGUGAUUCAUGAGCCCUGCCAGUGUAUAGCUCAUAACACAAGUGAUACUGCAGACAAUUACAAGUACAGAUUUAGUAACCACAGAAAUGCCUCUGGUGAAACCUUAAACCUCAACAAACACAAAAAUGGAAAAACUGGAGAAGAAUCUUGCAAAUAUAAAGACUCUGUAAACUGCUUCCAUCUGUGUUCCAUCAUUAGCCAAAAUCAAAGAACUCACACAGGAACGAAAAAGCACAAAAAUACCAAGUAUGAUAAAUAUUUUGAUUCUAAACAUAAACUCAAGCUAAAACAAACCAAUAGUGGAAGUAAAUCACACCAAUGCUGGAAAUGUGAAAAAUUAUUCAAGAUUCACUCAACUCUCAUUAGGCAUCAGAGAGCACAUACUAGAGAAAAACCCUAUAAAUGUACAGAAUGCAGUAAAGCCUUUCUGCAUUUUUCACAACUCGAAGUCCAUUACAAAAUCCACUGUAGAGAAAAACUCCACAAAUGUUCAGAAUGUGGUAAGUGCUUUUGUCACACAUCAGACUUUGAAAGACAUUACAGGAUCCACAUUAAAGAGAAACCUUAUAAAUGUACUGAAUGUGACAAAUCCUUUCUGAGUGCCUCCUAUCUUAGAAUACAUCAGAGAAUCCAUACAGGAGAGACUUUCAAAUGUAGUGAAUGUUACAAAUGCUUUACCACAAAAGACCGUCUUAGAAGUCAUCAGAGAAUCCACACAGGAGAGAAACCUUACAAAUGUGGUGAAUGUGAGAAAUCCUUUCCCCAGAAAGUUCAUCUUAUGUCUCACCAGAGAACGCAUACAGGAGAGAAACCUUACAAAUGCAGUGAGUGUAACAAAUCCUUUACCACAAAAGACCAUCUUCGAACUCAUCAGAGAAUCCACACAGGAGAGAAACCUUACAAAUGUAGUGAUUGUGACAAAAGCUUUACAAGUGCCUCAAAUCUUAGAUCACAUUUAAAAAGACACACAGGUGUGAAACCUUACCAGUGUAAUGAAUGUAACAAAAGCUUUAAAAGUGGCUCAAAUCUUAGAAUUCAUCAGAGAAUACAUACAGGUGAGAAACCUUACAAAUGUGGUGAAUGUUACAAAUCCUUUACAGAGAAAGGGGCAUUUAGAAACCAUCAGAGAAUACAUACAGGAGAGAAACCAUACAAAUGUAGUGAAUGUGACAGAUCCUUUACUGAGAAAGGGACAUUUAAAAAUCAUCAGAGAACACAUACAGGAGAGAAACCUUACAAAUGUACUGAAUGUGACAAAUCCUUUGCCAAAAAAGUGGCAUUUAGCGUUCAUCAGAGAAUACAUACAGGAGAAAAACCUUACAAAUGUAGCAGAUGUGAAAAAUCUUUUGCUGGGAGAGGCAAUCUUAGAACUCAUCAGAGAAUCCACACAGGAGAGAAACCUUACAAAUGUAGUGAAUGCGACAAAUAUUUUAACACAAAAGACAAUCUUAGAAGUCAUCAGAGAAUCCACACAGGAGAGAAACCUUACAAGUGUAGUGAAUGUGAGAAAUCCUUUACCUGGGACUCAUCUCUUAGGAUUCAUCAGAGAACACACACAGGAGAGAAACCUUACAAAUGUGGUGAAUGUGACAAAUCCUUUACCACCAAAGCCAGUCUUAGAACUCAUCAGAGACUACAUACAUUACAGAAACUGUAGAAUCGUGGCAAGUGUGAGAAAUCCUUUUUUGUUGGUACAACUCUUAGAAUAUGUUCUGGAAUAUUUGGUCACACUUUGAAACCCAAGUGUUAAUACCAGCCUUGGAUCAGUAGUAAGAACACGGAACUAAUUGGCAAGAAUUAGCUAUAGAGAGUAUGAAGCGGUAUGGAAGACUGAUAGAUGCACAGGAAAGAGUAGGGAGUGACUUGGGGUUUGCAAUCUUCUGAAUAGAGAUGGUUGAAGAGACACUUUCUUCCUGGGUCUCUGGCCAAAAAAGAAGUUCAUUGGUUGCUUCUUGGACUUUCUGAAUUAGCAAGUUUUCACCCUAACAUCUGACCACCAAGUCUUUAUUGGUAAAUAGAAAAACAGAGAUAUAAUUAAAAACUAUGCAUGGUAGCUAUGGCAGAGCCAAUGACAGUAGAACCAAAAAUCCCACCAAGCCACAGCCUGAGCAACAGUGUUUAAUGCUGGUCCGUGACACCACACUCAGAUGCAACUGUUAAACUUAUGGGAAAACAUUAACACAUCAGAGAAUAUAUACUAAAGAGAAACCUUAUGAAUGUAAUAAAUGAGAAAUCCUUUACUAUUUGCUCUUUCAUUAGAAAACAGUAGAGAAUUCAUUCAUGAGAGGAACCUUACAAGUUUAAUUAUCUUAGUUUGGGUUUUAUGCCUCUGAAGAGACAUCAUGAAAAUUCUUUUAUUUUUAUUUUUUAUUUGAUUUAUUUUUUUUAAAGAACACAAACUAUCUUUUCAUUUUAUAUACCAAUCCCAGUUCCCACUCCUUCCCCUCCUCCCAUUCCUCUACUUAUCUCUCCCAACCCAAUCUAUUCCUCAGAGAGGGUAAGGCACAUUGUUAUGGGGGAAGGUUCAAGACCCUUCCUACUAUAUCUAGGCUGAGCAAAGUAUCUAUCCAAAGAGAAUAGGUUCCCUAAAAGCCAAUACAAGCAGUAGGGAUAAAUCUUGGCAGUGGCACCUGAUCCCGCAAUCUGCCCAAGCCAUACAACUGUUAUUCAGAAGAACUAGUUUGGACCUAUACUGAUUCCUUUCUUGUUCAGUUGGAGUUGGUGAGCUCCCAUUAGCUCAGUUAACCUAUUUCAGUGGG